AUGACGGGAAUUGUUGUUCUCCGCGGUGUACAGCCAGGCAGUGACUACAGCUCCCGGCAGGCUUGGCGGCGGGCCGCGUCCCUUAGCUGUGUGUGGUGACCCGCGAGCUGGGAUCUCGGGUGUAAUCAGCGGGCCGUGACCCGGGGGGGCGACCGGGUGGGCACCAUGCUGAAGUGCAUCCCGCUGUGGCGCUGUAACCGGCAUGUGGAGUCCGUGGAUAAGCGGCACUGCUCCCUGCACGCAGUGCCCGACGAGGUCUACCGCUACAGCCGCAGCCUGGAGGAGCUGCUCCUGGACUCCAACCAGCUGCGGGAGCUGCCGAAGCCUUUCUUUCGGCUGCUGAACCUGAGGAAGCUCGGACUGAGUGACAAUGAGAUCCAGCGGCUGCCCCCGGAAGUGGCCAACUUCAUGCAGCUGGUGGAGCUGGACAUCUCCCGCAAUGACAUUCCUGAAAUUCCUGAAAGCAUCAAGUUCUGCAAAUCAUUGGAGAUCGCAGAUUUCAGUGGGAACCCCCUGUCCAGGCUUCCCGAUGGAUUCACCCAGCUCCGCAGCCUGGCACACCUGGCGCUGAACGACGUGUCCCUGCAGUCCCUGCCCAGCGACAUCGGCAAUUUGGCGAACUUGGUGACGUUGGAAUUACGAGAGAACCUGCUGAAAUCCGUGCCUACAUCUCUGUCAUUCCUGGUAAAGUUGGAACAUUUGGACCUGGGGAGCAACGAUCUGCAGGUUCUGCCGGACACGCUGGGGGCGCUGCCCAACCUGCGGGAGCUGUGGCUGGACAGGAACCAGCUGUCUGCCCUGCCUGCGGAGCUGGGAAAUCUCCGGCGCUUGGUCUGCCUGGAUGUUUCGGAGAACCGCCUGGAGCAGCUUCCCGCGGAGAUCAGCGGCCUCGUCUCUCUGACCGACCUGCUGCUCUCUCAGAACCUGCUGGGCAGCUUGCCGGCCGGCAUCGGUCAGCUCAAGCAGCUCUCCAUCCUGAAGGUGGACCAGAACCGGCUGACCCAACUCACAGAGUCCAUCGGGGACUGCGAGAACCUGAGCGAGGUCAUCCUGACCGAGAACCUGCUAACGCAUCUCCCGAAGUCCAUCGGGAACCUCACUAAACUGACCAAUCUGAAUGUGGACCGGAACCGCCUGGCGUCUCUGCCCGCCGAGGUGGGCGGCUGCUCCAGUCUGAACAUGCUGUGUCUGCGCGACAACCAGCUGAGCGCCCUGCCCCCGGAGCUGGCCAACGCCACCGAGCUGCACGUGCUGGACGUGGCGGGCAACAGGCUGCUGAACCUGCCCUUCGCUCUCACCAACCUCAACCUGAAGGCGCUGUGGUUGGCGGAGAACCAGUCCCAGCCCAUGCUGAAGUUCCAGACCGAGGACGACGAGAAAACCGGGUCCAAAGUCCUAACCUGCUACCUCCUGCCCCAGCAGCCGUCCCCCAGCAUCGACUCCCCGCUGCAGAGCAGUAUGGAGGACGGCUGGAUAGACGGGAAUCUGAAUCGGGUCAGUGUCAUCCAGUUCCAGGAGGAGCUGAAGGCCGAGGAGGAGGACGAUGAGGCUGCAGCGGAGCGGCGGGGUCUGCAGAGAAGAGCGACCCCGCACCCCAGCGAGCUGAAGGUGAUGAAGAGGGGGAUCGAGGAGCGGCGCAACGAGGGCUACACCACAAAACCGGACAUGGCGUCGCCCAGCGAUGAGGAUAAACGCCUGAGCGGGGUCUCCAGUCAGAGCGGCGACUCGCAGCGCAGCGGCAGCACCGUCUCUGCCGGCUACCAGGAGGAUCAGCCGCCCCCAGAGCAGGCCAGAGCGGAGGAGGAGGAGGCGCCGGGGGAUGACCUGGAGGUGGAAUACGUGGAGCACUCGGUGCACUUUGCUGAGGAGACUUUGGUGCACUGUGAUGAUGAAGAUGACGACUUUGACGAGGACCGGGGGUCUCCAGGGAGGAAACGUCUCAUCCGCAAGGACACGCCCCAUUAUAAGAAGCACUCCAAGAUCACAAAGCUGCCCAACACCGAGGCCGUGGUGGCGCUGCUGGGGCAGAGCCCUCAUGCCCUGGAGGAGGCGGAUGGCGGCAGAGCCUUCUUCAGGUGCUCUCAGCAGGAGGAGGAGGAGGAGCAGACGGAGGAGGAGGAGGCGGCGCACCACAGCUCCCAGCAGAACGUCAAGGGUGUGUCGUUUGAUCAAGUGAAUAAUCUUCUGAUUGAGCCUGCUCGGAUAGAGGAGGAAGAGCUCACACUCGCCAUCCUGCGGCAGACAGGGGGUCUGGGCAUCAGCAUUGCAGGGGGCAAAGGGUCCACCCCGUACAAGGGAGAUGAUGAGGGGAUUUUCAUCUCACGAGUGGCUGAAGAGGGGCCCGCGGCUCGUGCUGGGGUGAGAGUGGGGGACAAGCUCCUGGAGGUGAACGGCGUGGACCUGCACAAUGCUGAGCACCAUGUGGCGGUCGAGGCUCUGCGCAGCUCCGGGAGUUCGGUCUCUAUGACGGUGUUGAGGGAGCGGAUGGUGGAGCCGGAGAACCCGAUCACGGUGACGCCUUUACGCCCUGAAGACGAUUAUAAUCCUCGGGAGAAACGCGUUGUUGUUCCGUAUCCGGAGGAAGAGGAGGAGGAGCCUGUGCUCAGCCGCAACCAGCGCCUCUCCACCUGUCUGAUCCGGAAUGAUAAAGGCUUGGGCUUCAGCAUUGCCGGGGGUGUUGGCAGCACCCCGUACCGGGUAGGAGACACCGGUAUAUUCAUCUCCAGGAUCGCAGAGGGUGGAGCCGCCCACCGAGACGGAGCCCUCAGAGUUGGCGACCGGGUCCUGUCUAUCAAUGGGGUAGACAUGACAGAAGCCAGGCAUGAUCAGGCAGUAGCCCUGCUUACCAGCACGUCCCCCACCAUCACUCUGCUAGUGGAGAGAGAGCCCCCCCAAGCAGGGUCCGGGACGGACCCCCGAGCAUCGCCCUCCCUGCACAGAGCUCGCCCCCGCUCGCCGCCGCCCCCUGCAGACACGGAGAAUGGAGAGGCCGAGGAGGACGGCGGAUCUCUGCGGAACCACAGCUCUGCCGAGGAAGAGUGUCCCAUCGAGGAAAUCUGUCUGGUGAAGUCUGGGGGUCCCCUGGGACUCAGUAUAGUGGGGGGCAGCGACCAUUCCAGCCAUCCCUUUGGAAUCCAUGAACCUGGAGUCUUCAUCUCAAAGGUGAUCCCCCGUGGGGUGGCCGCACUCAGUGGUCUCAGGGUGGGAGACCGGAUUUUAGAGGCAGCAGGUAACGACCUGAGACAAGCCACCCACCAGGAAGCUGUGAAAGCCCUGCUGUGCCCCGCGGCCGAGCUGCGCCUGCUGGUGAGGAGAGACCCCCCGCCCCCCGGCUUGCAGGAGAUCUGUAUUGUGAAGGCUCCUGGAGAAAAGCUGGGGAUCAGCAUUCGAGGGGGAGCCAAGGGCCACCCCGGAAACCCCCUGGACCCGACCGAUGAAGGGGUGUUUAUAUCCAAGGUGAGCUCCUCGGGGGCGGCAGCUCGUGACGGGCGGCUGAAGGUGGGCAUGCGGAUCCUGGAGGUGAAUCAGCAGAGCUUGUUGGGGAUGACGCACACGGAGGCGGUGCAGGCUCUGCGCGGGGUCGGUGACACGCUGAUCAUCCUGGUCUGCGAUGGCUUUGACCCUGUGUCCACUAACUCCACAGAGGCGUCUCCGGGUGUCAUCGCCAAUCCCUUUGCCGCUGGUCUUGGAAGGAAGAACAGUAUGGAAAGCAUCUCCUCCAUAGACCGAGACCUGAGCCCGGAGGAGGCGGAGCGGCUGCAGAAGGAGAUAGAAAUGGGUCGGGAGGUGAAGUGGGAGAGAGAGGACAUGGAGAAAGUGGAGAAAAUGCGUAAAGAGCGUGAGGAGGCUACGAGGCUCCUCGAGGAAGAGGCCAAGGGAUUCACUAUGAGCGUGGUGGCGACAACUACUGAACCCAUCAGACUCGACUACAAGACCCUGGCAGCUCUACCCAGCAGCGGUCUACCUAAAGGGAACAGGCUCCCCUUGGGAAUGGACACUGCCUGCCCUCCUGCUCCUGCCCCUGUCCCUGUGGCCCUUGUCCACCCUGUCCCUACAGUGGUAGCCAAUGGCCCAGCCUGCCUUCCCGCCCCUCCGGUUACACCGCCACCCCAUGCAGAUGUGCCGGCGGAGGCCGUAGCCCCCUCCAGUGAGACGGAUGCGGAGGAUGUGCGUGUGGACUGUCAGUCCAUCCUUUUCAGUGAAAACCCCUUUGUGUUGGCGAACAAGAGGCGGCUGGGCUCCGACAGCGUCUGUCUAGGUGGUCCUCCCACGGGAUAUGGCAACUCGGGGGUCCUGAAGACCACUGUGUACUCCAAGAAGACACCAUCUGUGGACUCUACAACUGGAAGCAAGAGGGACGCCGCGUCUUCGCCUUCCCCCUCGAGUGCGCAGCAGGCGGCCCCAGCUCGCUCCUGUCGCCCCGCUGGCAGGGAGACCCGAUUUGCGUCCAUCAACUUUUUGAGCCAAGGCGACAGCCGACCGACUACUCCCUCCUCCCCCAGUGAUGGCCUCCUCACCACCACCCGGCAGGUGUAUAAGACGUUUGCGGCUAUUCCCUCCGUGCACCCCGGCCCCGAGCAGCAGGAUCCUUCAAGUCCCAGGACCCCCGAGCGUCCUUGUGUGACGCCGGAGGGUUUGGACAGCCCUGAGCAGCGAUCCUUCAGAGAGAGACAAAAAUACUUUGAGAUGGAUGUGAAACAGCAGCAAAGCGAGCGACCCCCGAAACGCGUGUCCCUGGUUGGGGAGGACGAUCUGCGAAAAAUGAAGGAAGAGGAUGCCCGAAAGAUCCAGAUGAAGCGGGCGCAGCUGUUACGGGAGGAGGAAGAAGGAAACCCAGGCGACUCCAGUCCUAGGAAGGUGGGACCCAGCACCCCAACCAGCGUCUUCAUUGAGGGUGUGGAGUACAAGGUGGAGCGUGUGGAUGGUGGCAGUCUGUCCUCUCUGGCUGGAUUCUCUCCAUCAGAGUCUCAGAGGAAUUCUCUGGAGGAUGCAUACCGGCCGGAGCAGAGACCCAACUCCAUGUCGGGCCUGAGUCCUGUGUACCCCGGGGGCACAGACGGGGCGGCUCCAGUGCGCACUGCCAAAGCAGAGAGACGUCUGCAAGAGCGGCUGAGGGUGCAGAGCCCGGAGCUGACGGAGCAGGAGAUGCAGCUGUCACCGGCGGAGCGCAGAGCACUGCAGGCGGAGAAGAGAGCCAUGUGGAGAGCUGCCAGCUCUCUGGAGGACAGUAUUAGGCAGUAUGAACAGUCUUUGGCCAAGAAGCUUUACCUGUCCCGGCAGCAGCGGCCGCGAACCCCCGAGGACGGCAGCAGGAUGAAGUCUCUGGAGCAGGACGCUCUGAAGGCGCAGGUCGUCAUCGCCCGCUCCAAGGAAGGACGGAAACGCAGCACUUUGGAGCAGCUGGCAGAAUCCCCGUCCCCAGCUCCCACCCCAUCACCCACCCCUCUAGAAGAUUACAGCCCCCGGCUCCUGACGUCCCCUGGAAGAUUGUCUCUCUCAGACAAGAAGUUUGACUACAGAGAGUUUGCUGCUAUCCCGUCUUCCAAACCCGUGUAUGAGAUCCAGUCCCCAGAUGCAACGUCUGCUUCAAAAUACACAGAAGACGGCAGAACAUCAGCGCCUUGUAGCUUAGAGGAAGCGGAGGAGCAGCAGAAAGAAGCUUUGGAAGAUUUCGAGGAGGAACGCGAUGACCCCAACCCCAUCCCUGCGCCCAACACAUCAGCACUGGAGGAAAUGGCCAAUUACAGCAACAAGCGGAAGCUGCGGCACACCCGGCGGAGCCUAGAAACCGCCGUCCCCACCUAGACCGCCGCUGUCACACUCGGCCAGCACUGUGAACACUCACGAUACACAGACUGCACGCGGGCUGGGGGGCAUAAGACUCCGCCCCCUGCGCCGCAACGGUGUGGAGUGCUUUAAUCAGAGACACUGUGAGACCUGCCGCUCACCCCCUGCUGAUUAUUUCGGGGUUCUCGCCACAUUCUCCCCGCUCGGUGAAGGGUCGCGUCCUGAUUAGAGCUUCUGGUGCAGCGUUUACUCUUCUUCUGCUCUGGUUUUUGGUGGCAGUUUCACAAUCUCCGCACGGUGGACGGACGACCAGAACUUGUAGCGGCCGGCCGUCUGAUAUCAGCAGCUCCCCCGUCACCCUCAGGUCCACAGAUGGGGGGCGCUCUCUGCCUUCUUACUGACUGUUCUCAUUGGGGGGGGGGAGCGUGGAUUGUAGUAUGGAACGUGUAUCUUAGUUUGUAUAUAACCUGCUUCUUAAGAUGAUGACCGGGGGGCCACAGUGGGAUCCACCUCUUGGUAGCCUUUUUGUAUUUUCCAGGUAGUGGCCCCGGUGGGCAUCACUGACUGGAAGG